CCAAACCUCAGAGGGUGCUGGGAGCGUUGAGUGUGGUCUCCUUCCUGAAAGCGUGGGCGGACCAUAGUGUGGCGCUGUUCCCUCACUUUCUAAAGUGUUCCUGAUUCUUACUGCUUAGGAUCCCUCCGAAGGUGUUUCUGAGACACGACUCCAGCUAGAGGGUCCUUUGUAAACCUGACAAAAAAAAAAAAGAGCCGACAAUGAAGGUGGAGACAGAAAGUCACCUCCGGAUGCAGGAAUCCAGACUGAAACGUAGCAGUCCCCUGGCACGGGAAGUCUUCUGAAGGCGCUUUCACAGUUAUGCUACCAGGAGACCCCUGGACCCAGGGAGGUGCUGCGCCGGCUCCGGGAGCUGUGCCGCCAGUGGCUGAGCCCAGAAACACGCACCAAGGAGCAGAUCCUGGAGCUGCUGGUGCUGCAGCAGUUCCUGACCAUCCUGCCCGCGGAGCUCCAGGCCUGGGUGCCGGAGCAGCACCCGGAGAGCGGGGAGCAGGCGGUGGCCGCGCUGGAGGACCUGGAGAGGCAGCUGGACGAACCACAACUUGAGAUGGCAGCCUGCAGACAGGGACGAGAAGUCUGCUCCAGAGAGACGGUACCUGUAGGCGAGCAGACAUCACUGAGCCUCCAGCCCAGCCCGAGAAGCCCCAGCUCACACAUGACACUUCCCCCAAGAGUCCCGCCCUCCUGGAGAGACAGCUGACGGACAGGACUUUCCUGGUGUGGGGCACAUCCCCCCUUGUCAAGCAAAAACAAGUGCAGAGCCCAGACCUGGGGAACCAGGUAAGGAGGAGACAGUGAAAAGGAAGUUUUCUGAAGCAGAGAGAGCAAGCCCACUGCCACUGCGGAUGGCGACUGCUCGGCUCAGCGCCCCUUCCCCGGCUCCUCUGAAUCUGAAGAAGGAGGUGCUUCGGGCCGUGCAGGGGGACCCCCACUCUACUGGGGGACGGGGAGCCCAGCUGCGGAGGGAGGGCACAGGCCUGGGACAGGAGCCGUUGUGCAAACAGUUCAGGCAGUUGCGCUAUGAAGAGACCACAGGGCCCUGCGAGGCACUGCACCGGCUCCGGGAGCUGUGCCGCCAGUGGCUGAGCCCGGAAACACGCACCAAGGAGCAGAUCCUGGAGCUGCUGGUGCUGGAGCAGUUCCUGACCAUCCUGCCCGCGGAGCUCCAGGCCCGGGUGCGGGAGCAGCACCCGGAGAGCGGGGAGCAGGCGGUGGCCGCGCUGGAGGAUCUGCGGCCUGAGCUCGGAGACGCAGGACAGCAGGCGGACCCAGGCCAGGCAGAGGAACAGAAGAUGCUGGCGGGGGCAGUGGCGUGGCCCAAGUGCGAAGUUCCGGAGCCUGAAGAAGACCAGGGAGAGGAGGCCAGGAUUGAGAACGGGGACAUGGUUGCAGAGACAGACUCUUGCGGAGGAGUGGGGUCUUCCGGGAAGGCAUCUGAGCCCAGAGAGCCUCGCUGUGAGGACUGCCCCCUGGGAAGGCAGCAGGUGACGUCCAGGGGGAAGCCCGAGGACGGGUGCUCAGCGUGCUCAGCGUGCGGGGCGGGCGCUCCCCGGCUCUCCGACCUGGCCACACCCGAGGGCGCACGCACGCUGGGAGGGCUCUGUGAGUCCGCGGCGUGUCCCGGAACUGGCCUCCUUGGACGGCAGGAAACCCGCCCCAGAGAGAGACGUCAUCGGGGUCCCGAGUGCCGGAAGGCCUUUCACAGGGUUUCACACCUUGUCAGACACCAGAAGAUCCACCUCGGGGAGAAGCCUUACCCGUGCAAGGAGUGCGGGAAGGUCUUCGGCCAGAACGCAGGCCUCUCGGAACACCUGCGCAUCCACACGGGCGAGAAGCCUUUCCUGUGCAUUCACUGCGGGAAGACCUUCCGGCGCAGCUCCCACCUCAACCGGCACCGGAGAGUCCACAGUCGGGAGGAGCCCUGUGAGUGCAGGGAGUGCGGAAGAACCUUCAGCCCGGCCCUGCUCCUCACCCACAACCAGCGGACCCACGGCCGCUCCGGAAGCCAUCACUGCAACGAGUGUGGGAAAGCCUUCAGUCUGGCCUCAGACCUCAUCCGACAUCACAGGAUUCACACCACAGAGAAGCCCUUCAAGUGUGACAUAUGCCAGAAAGCCUUCCGUCUCAACUCCCACCUGGCUCAGCACGUGCGCAUCCACAAUGAAGAAAAACCAUAUGAGUGUAAUGAAUGCGGAGAAGCCUUCAGACAGCGGUCGGGGCUUUUUCAGCAUCAGAGAUAUCACCACAAAGACAGUGUGGCUUGAUGGGGUGUGCUCUCUGCGGGAACAUCACAGGCAGGAUGCUGACAAGCAAACAGCAUUUCAGGGACAGUCGCUGCAGCUAAUUCAUAGAGCUCCUGCGGGAGGGAGGCAUGCAGGAGGCUGUGCACAUCCACUUUUGCUCAGCCUUGGACACAGUGAUCUGGCCCUAGAUGGUACUGUGCAUUCUUUACUGCAGGACUUCUCUGGGCCUUUAACAUGAUAAAUGCUUGAUUGUGCAUCUCCAGGUAGUAGAAAGCCUCAUGACUGAGUUAGGGCUUUGAGGUCAGCAAGUCAAAUGCCCACAGAUUUACAGGCUUAACCAGAACAAGAGCAGGCUGCAGCUCUUAUAAAAACGUAACUAAUGACAUUAGGAAAUAUACCACCCUCAAAGGUGUCUUAAUGUGCAGGUUUAAUGGUGGACAUUUCCUCUGGUUUUCCUAACCAUCCCCAACUGCCCCCUACCCCUCUCCACCAUCUGCAGAAGCAUUUUGGAAUGAAAAGAUGAUCUUACCGUUUCCCACCCCCAUUCUGGCCACAGUACUUCACUGAUUCAGGUUAGAAACCCAGGUUAAACUAUGGAAGAGAUUUCAUAAGUCAUGUGAGCGAACAGUGCUGAGUGAGUCCGGGUGGUAACUGUCUUACUUGAUACAAACUCCAGCAUCAGGAUGGUGGGUCUUCCGUAGACGCCGUUCUAGUAAAUGGGGGAGGAAGUUAGACUGGUUUUCUUUAAUACUGAUAAUGCAGUUUUUACAUGUUGCUUGUUCUGGAAUUCUUUGGAAGUCAAACAGUAAAGUCUGGGAGGAGAUCAUGAUCUUUAUACCAUGAAUACCAAAAUGUCUCGGUAACGAUAAGAAUAGCAGCUCCAUGUCCUGGUGUAAGUCUGUUUGUUCAGUUAAAGAAGGAAAAAAGAGAGAAUGCUGUCAUUUUUCCCAUGAAAAAGCAGUGACAAUAACAAGAUCCAAAGUAUGAAGAAUGAUCUACCAUUAAAUAUCUGGGAAAUUUGUUUCCGA